AUGUCUUCUUCUCACCAAACACAGCCUUCGAACGAUGGUCGACCAUCCGAUCGAAACACAUUUGGCAGUAGAUCUGGACUAUUGGACGGAUCUACCGAUACUUUUACACCUGCUUCUCCAAGAGGUCCACCGGAAUCUCCCAACGGGUUGCGAUUCGGUUCCAACCCUGCUUCUUUCCAAGCUGCGGAAUUCCUCAAAUCUCAAUAUGGUGUUGCUAUACCGCCCUAG